AUGGAUCUAUCUUUUAUUGAUCCCUCGUUUCUAGUGACAAUUAUAAAACCAGAGGACGGCCUACAAAUCAUGUCCUACAUAAAUUCAACAAGGGAACCAAUUGCAACGAUCAUGCCUACAAGAUCACGAACAAGACAUAAAUUAGCACCAUCCAUACCAUCCUUCUCAUCAAGAGGUCCUUACUUUCUUACCAUAAGCCUCCUCAAGCCUGAUAUUGUAGCGCCUGGGGUUAACAUACUAGCAUCGUGGAUGAUCGGUGACUUAAAUGCAGCACCAGAAGGCAAGCCACCACCACUCGUCAACAUUGAAUCAGGGACUUCAAUGGCAUGUCCCCAUGUCUCCGGUAUUGCUGCUCGUCUCAAAUGUGAAAACCUUUCAUGGAGUCCUGCAACAAUCAGAUCUGCCAUCAUGACAACAGCUGUGCAAAUGACCAACACAGGAACCCAUAUAACUACAGAAACAGGCGACAAGGCCACACCUUAUGACUUUGGUGCUGGUCAGGUUACUAUAUUUGGGUCUUCAUCACCUGGACUGGUUUAUGAAACAAAUUACAUGGACUACUUGAACUUUCUCUGCUACUUUGGGUUUACUACUGAUCAGGUCAGAAAGAUCUCAAACCGCAUACCAGAAGGGUUUGCUUGUCCUGAACAAAGCAGCAAGGAAGACAUAUCUAAUAUCAACUACCCAUCAAUCUCAAUUUGGAACUUCAAUGGAGAAGAAAGCAGAAGGGUAAUCAGAACAGUGACAAAUGUAGCAUCGCGCCUCGUUGGAGAGGCAAAUACUGUCUACACCGUGAGCAUCGAUGCACCAAAAGGAUUACUAGUCAGAGUGAUACCAAGAAGGCUACAUUUCAGGAAAAUAGGAGACAAACUUAGCUACAAAGUGAUAUUUUCAUCUACUACAUCCACACUUAAGGAAGAUUCAUUCGGAUCGAUCACAUGGUCUAACGGAAUAUACCGAGUACACAGUCCAUUCGUAGUGACCAGCAAAGCUGACGAUAUCGAAGAUUAA